AUGUCUGACGAGAUCAUUUGGCAGGUUAUCAACCAGCACUUUUGUGCGUACAAAGUCAAAACUGAUAAGGGACAGAACUUCUGUAGAAAUGAAUACAACGUAACAGGUUUAUGUUCGAGACAAGCGUGUCCUUUGGCAAAUAGUAAAUAUGCCACUGUAAAGAACGUGGACGGAACACUUUACUUGUACAUGAAGACCGCGGAAAGAGCUCACACGCCUGCUAAAUUGUGGGAAAGAGUGAAACUAUCUAAGAAUUACACAAAGGCAUUAGCACAGAUCGAUGAACAUUUACUGUAUUGGAACAAGUUCUUAAUUCAUAAGUGUAAGCAAAGGAUGACAAAGCUUACACAAGUGAUGAUUACAGAGAGACGUUUGGCAUUGAGAGAGGAGGAGAGACAUUAUGUCGGUAUUGCUCCUAAGGUGAAAAGAAGAGAAGAGAACCGAGAACGUAAGGCAUUAUCAGCCGCUAAGAUUGAAAAGGCUAUCGAAAAAGAAUUGCUUGAGAGAUUGAAGAGUGGUGUGUAUGGUGAUAAGCCUUUGAAUGUGGAUGAAAAGAUCUGGAAGAAGGUCAUGGGACGUGUAGAAGACGAGGACUUGGAUGAAGAAGAAAACGAUUGGGAUGAGGAAGAAGAAAGCGAUGAGGGAGAAGUCGAAUUCGUAGAAGAUGAAGACGCUGAGGAUGAGAUGGUAGAUAUGGAAGAUUUAGAAAAAUGGCUCGGUGGUUCUGAUACAUCUGAUUACAGCAGUGAUGAGGACAGUGACGAAGACAGUAGCGACGAAGAUAGCGAUGAAGAAGAAAACCCAUCUAAGAGACAAAAGAAAUCUACACAAACCAGAAAGAGACAUCCUAAGGUUGAAAUCGAAUAUGAACAGGAACUAAAUUCCAACCAACAAGAACUUGCACAAUGA